UUCGUACUUGGGCGCGUUUAUCGACAGUGACAAAAUGGCGUCUUCCUAAGAAAAAAUUCUCUCAUUUAAUGUUUAUGUGUCUUACACUGCAGUUCGAAGUAAUACUAUGACAUCACAGGAGAAAAUGAAAUCGCUGUUUGAAGACCUUGGCAAAGCAACGCUGCGUGGUGUCAGGAAAUGCCCAAAGUGUGGAACUUUCAAUGGUACUCGAGGAAUUAGUUGUAAGAACAAACAGUGUGAUGUCGUAUUCAAAGAAAAAGAGAAGAAGAAGGGCAACAGUAUUGAUGCAGUGAAGAUAGUGACUGGUUCUACAGUUCAGGUUUUUUCUGUUCGCCUACGAGACCGAGGUCCAGACUAUCGGGGAUUUGUACAACUUCCCCUAGUCCAAGACUUGGAUGGAAAUCCGGCUCAAGUUGUAGAUGUUGCAAUACUGGCAUCGGCUGCUAGGUGUUAUGUAGACAGUUGUUCACGUUCUUCGGUUGUAGGCACGCAAGACGCAUGUCCCCAUAUCAAGGCUGCAAUAGAGUGUAGUACUGAGGCACAGCCGUUAACUUUGAAAAACUCUGUUCUGAAUUCCUUGCAAGUUAAUAAUGACAUUAAACAAGCUAUCUGGCUAUUAGCUACAGAGACAACAGGGCCACUUGUGCAAAGGGUUACUAAGAGUGUGAUGGUGGUGAAGUGUAAACCUAAUCCAAAACAGCCCCUAGGGUUUCUCCAUUUCUCGUUCUUUGACAUGCUGAAAGGAAAGUCACAAAAUCAGACCCACAAAUUUCAUUGUGCAUGCAAACCGGCGAAGAACUUUUCAGCUCACAAGGCUGGGGAUGAAGCUGUGAAGCGAUGUGUGCACUACUAUGCAUGUGUGUGUGCAUUUGCUAGCGAUGAUAAGCUACAGGAGGAGUUCUCUGCCUUCAUCAGUCAAGACUUUAACCCUAAUUCAGUUACUGUCUCAGUCUCGAACAAUGCAUUGGGUGGGAGUUUUGUGGAAGAGUUUGUGGAGCUACAAGAUGAGGCGAGCCUCGGUGGUGAGGAGCAACUCGUAACUGUGUAUGAGACAGACGCCCCUCAUGAGACAUGGGAAGUUGUUGUUGCUGAGGAACCCGUUGAGACGCCCACUAAAAAGAAACGGAAAGAAGAAAUUGUCCAGGCAAGCAGUGCUCUACUAACACUACAAGAGGGUAAAGGCCAGAAACCCUUUGUAGCAAGCAAAACAACACCACUGAAGGCCAUUUCCACACCUGGGAAAAAGCCAGGACAGAUUGGCCAACCUAUAGAAGAAACAGAGGUUGUGGCUUCAUUCCACUCGUGGCUCGGCAGUGUUACAGAGCGGAUAAAUCAAACCAUGCACUACCAGUUUGAUGGCAACCCUGAUCCUCUAGUCUUCCACGCCCCCCAGUUUUUCUUUGAAUGUCUCCAACAGCGGAUCUCACAGGGCCAGAAAAAGAAACGUCUUCCAAACUUCACGACCGCAUUUGUACGCCGGGAUGCACUACCCUUGGGGACAUUUACCAAAUACACAUGGCACAUCACCAAUAUUCUCCAUGUGAAACAGAUCUUUGACACUCCAGAGAUGACUAUGGAGAUUACCCGGAACUUUGUGGAGAAUCGUGACUCGACCUACGACCUUUACGAGGUUCCAAAGAUGGAAGACAUAGGGGACAGGAUGGCAAUACGACCAACAGAGUUGAAAACCUAUCUCAAAGUUGGUAACACCACAGCUGAUCAGCGAGAUCCAACACCCUUUAUCAUAGAGUGGAUACCUGACAUUCUCCCAAAGUCUCAUAUUGGUGAACUGCGCAUCAAGUUUGAAUACGGUCACCAGCGUAAUGGACACAUAGAGCAUCGGGGCGGGGUUGUGUCACCCACUUCAGAGGCUCAAGGAGGCAUGGCAACAGUGUCUAAACCCCUCCCCAUUCAACCCCUGAUAACCCCGCAAACACAGCUGUCCCAGAUCUUUCCACAUGUUUCUCUGCCAGCAUUGUCUUAGAAACAACAUUGAUUUAAGGCUGUGGUUUUUACCCAUAUUCAUUCAUAUCUUCAGUCCCAGUCAGUCUGAACACAUAGAUUUGUCAACUGCUACUAUAAACAAUUCAUUUUAAGUGAACUUGCUGUAUUGCAGAAAAGAAUACACAGCAUUUUACUAUUCCAUUCUAUUCUACAUGUUUUUGAUUAAGUAUAUUACAGAAAUCAUUGGAAUUUCACUAUUCUGCAUGUAAAAAUCAGCAAAUAAGUUAAUAACUCAAACAGUAAGUGACUAAUGCCCGUUUAGGUGACUUAAUAGAUCAACAGAAUGUUAUAUUUUGUUUCCUGAAAUGACUUAUGAGUUUGAUACUAUUAUCUUUUAUACACAGUGGGAAGGUUUAUCUCUAGUGUGUAUUGCUUGAAUAGAAGAAAGUAGCAUAAGUGUAGCUAUGUUAAGAUAAUGUUAGAUGUUUUACGAAGCUUUCAUGAUUUAAGUCCCAAUUACAAUUUUCAUGGAUGUACAUAUUAUACAGAACAGGAUUUUGCAGUGAAGUUUCAAUUAUAUAAUUAUUGUGACUCACUGAAGUCUUUAUGAAACCAAAUAAGUUUGAUGUAAAAUGUCUGGGCAUUACCUAGAUAAACAAUGUGUCGUGUAUAUUAAGAGUUUUUAUUCCAUCAGUAUUAGAUCUGAUAUAUGAAAUGCUAGUGUGUGUAUGAUUGAAGCACAUGUACAUGUAUCUCAAUGUUAUAACAGUGUAAUCAGUUUGCAACUCAUUUGAUCUCUUAUUUGUUUGAUUGAAAUUGAGAACUAUUCGUGUGUGCAAAUUUCAGCUACCUGCUCAUUUAUACUCUUUCAUAGCUUCAUAAACUAGUAGCUCCUGUUAUAUAUUUAAAAGUGAACAACAAAAUAUCAUCAUGUUCUACAAAAAAAUGAAUCAAUAUGAGUCGUACAAACACAUUUUCUUGUGCAUUUUAUUAGUCAGAAUGUUUAUGAUUUGUUGUACAAUUUUGUUCAUGCUGAAAUGACAGAAAAUUUCACCAGCAAUGUCUGACUGUCUCUGGUAUUUUGCUUCACUGGGAUAACAUAAGUUUAUACAUAAAGCUAUCUGUCUAUGGUGGUAUUUAAUAUUAAACCUAUCCUUAGAAAUGCCUCUGUUAUUCCAUUCAUAUAUGCCAAUUGAUUUUGUUGUUCAAUGAAAACAUUUUGACUUGAUAUUUCACUUUAUAUUAUCAUUGUUAUAUACUCACUACAGUUUGCCCAAGAUUAUACAACACUCUAGAAAUAAUUGCUUUUUUCCACAUUAGUUGGAACAAAAUAUAAAUCCGUAGGAUUUUUUGUAAUCUUGUCAUGCUAUCAUCCGUCUUACAUGCCGCUGUAGAAGAAAGCAGGAUUUAGAACAUUCAAUUUCUGACUGCAAUAUAUUGGCUAAAUUAGCUUUUUUGCAGGGACUUUCCAUUAAAACAGAAUUAAAGAAGAAUCUUGAAAUAGAUACAAAUAGCUUUGAAUGGAAUUUCAGCAGGGACCUAAUCCCAUUGAAGAUUAAAUCCUUCAGAAAUGAAUGUUUCGCUGUGUUAACUCCCCUCCCUGAUGUUUGUGAACAAUAUUAACCUGAGCAAACUGUAGUGUUGUAACAGUAAUUCUGUUGAAUUUUAAUGGCCAUAUAAUGUUUCCUAUGCAGUUGUGGACAGAAGACAGAUGUCAAUAUAAAAUGGUUCCUGUAUAUAAUAAUGUGUUCAUUGUUAACUAGUGCAUUUAACAGCCUAUGUUUUUGUGCUUUGUAAAUAUGUUGGUAUUUAUUGUUUAUGGUUCAUUUGAAUUGAUUCCUGGAAAUAUUAAUGAUUAAAAAGUUGAAACAAUGA